CACGGACGUUUGGUGGUUGUAGUUUCGAGUGGACGAGGAUGGAGAUACUUCAACAGUGGUGGAAGCUUAGGUUUUCGUUCCGGAACGCGACGAUCAUCGUCUGUUUCUUCAAUCUCGUCACUGUGAUUCUCUUGCUUCAGGGUUUUCUCUCUGCUUCCUCUAAUCGCAAAUUAUCAACAACUCAAUCAAAUUCAGUUCAACUUAGGUAUAUUAAGGAAUCUGAAGAGAUACGCCGAGCCAUGGAACCCUUACAAUUGAUAAAAAGAGUGAGGGAAAUUGAGCAAGAAGCAUACACAGAACCAGAGCUUGUCCAAAGGAAAGACACAAAGGAGACGGCUGCAAUUGACGUAAUGUCAAGGUUGAACAAUAUUCGUUCUAAUUCAGAUGCUGCCAGCCUAAAAGCUUUAGAGGAAUGGCGUAAACGGAAGACUGAACGGGCACGACAGCGACAACUGGGUAAAAAUGGAACAGUUAUUUCACAAGCCUGAAAUAUUUGUCAUGUCCAAAUGCAUAUAAAGUCCCGUUUAAGAACAUUGGGUAACUUGUUAAAUAACUUCUUAAAUAAGUUAUGUACAUCAUGCAACUUUCCUUUGAGAGCUUCUGUAAUCCGUAAAGACCAAAUCCAACAGCCUUGCGACAACAGAAACUGGGUUUUGCUUUUCUUUUCUCCCACCAGAAGUGAACGAUGCACUUGUAAAUGUUCAAGAGAGAGAUUUGGCCGGAGCGGAUUCAGUUUCUUGAUUGCACACAUGGUGGCAUGGUACAACACCAUAUUUGCAGUCUCAAAUAGUUCACGUGUUCUUUUGGUUUUGCAUUUGUGUUUUUCUUGUGUCAAUGAGCUCUAGGUUCGUGAAACUCAUCUUGCUGAGAGACUUGAUAACAGGAGAAGAGGCACUGCUUUCCGUCAACCAUACUGGCUGAUGGAGGCAUGUUAAUGGUAUGCUUAGCAGGAACACUUGGUAAUAUCUUGAAAUUUGCUAAGUUUUUGUGAUGGGUGGUGAUGAAGAAAUAAUUUUUUGUAAAGAAUUGUAGAGCUAUCUACUUCAUGCAA